AUGUCAACAAGAUGGUAUCCCAUAUAUCAAAAGGGAAAUCCUCAACUUCGAGUGUUUUUACCAAACUUUUGGAUGAAGUUGGUCCGUCCUUACGAAAAACAACAGCCCAACAUAGUUCAUUUUCAUUGUUCAAUGGAAAUGACAAAAUAUGACAUCAAGAACUAUCUUGAAAAAAUCUACAAUGUGCCAGUGGUUGACGUGAGAACAAAGAUAGCUUUGGGGAAAUUUAAAAAAGAAAUAGUUAAAGGGUACAUUACCAAAGAUGAAGAUGUUAAAGUUGCCUAUGUUACAUUGCCAAAAACACAUAAGUUUGAAUUUCCAAACAUAUUUGAAGAGAAAAAGAGCAGCGAAGACGAUGCGAAAGCUUUAGAAGAAACAAAGAAAACAUUCAAAAAAUUCCUGGAAAAGAACAAAGACAGAACUGACGUUCCCAGCUGGUUUUCAAUAUGA